AUGCGAGCAUUUCAGAAGCCGCAACUGUCAUCGAUCUCGAGGAGCUUCACCACCAGUAGUGUUUGUCGCAGUGCCGCUCUACGUCAUUUGGGGCCGAGCAUCGCAGCAAGACCAUUGAUUGCUCGUUGCGCAUUGAAAAACCACCAGGCUUUCAGCGUUACAGCUACGAAAGCUGUAUCUGAUAACAUGGCCGCCGCCGGUAAUGGAGGACCAUGGGGCGCGUGGCAGGUUGAGCCGGCCAAGUUUACCAAGCUUGUCGCCGACUCGAUGAAGGCUUUAUACCCUGAAGAAAUCGCCGAUCGCGCCUGGGACAAUGUCGGUCUGCUUGUCGGCAACCAUGAGCAAGAGUCGAGCCAGAAGAAGCCCAUUGUGCUCGUCACCAAUGACUUGACGUAUCAAGUAGCCGCCGACGCCAUUGAGCAGGGAGCCAGCGUCAUUGUCAGCUAUCACCCCUUCAUCUUCUCCGGCCUCAAGUCCAUCACCGACAAGGACCCCCAGCAGUCCACGCUCAUCCGGCUCAUGCAGGCCGGCAUCGCCGUGUACUGCCCGCACACGGCCGUCGACGCCGCGCCCCAGGGCCUCAACACGUGGCUCGCCGACGCCGUCGCCGGGCCACACGCCACAACGCGGUCCGUCGCCAUCCCGUGCAAGACAGCGCCCGAGAGCCACGCCGGCGCGGGCUACGGCGCGCUUGCCGAAUUCACCAAAGGGAAGUCAGUCACGGUAGCGGAGAUUCUCAAGCGUCUGGCCGAGAAACUCGGCGGCCUGCGGCAUGUCAUGGUGGCGUCGCCGGUUGGCGCGGACGUCAAGACGACGCAGGUCAGAAGCUACGGCGUCUGCGCGGGAAGCGGGUACGACGUGCUCAAGAGCGCCGACGUGGAUCUUCUGGUCAUGGGCGAGACGAGCCACCACUCGGCGCUGCGGGCGAUUCAGCAGGGCAGGACGCUGGUGCAGGUGUUUCACAGCAACUCGGAGCGCAGCUACCUGCAGCAGGUUCUCAGGCCGCGGCUGGAAGAGAAGCUGAAGGCAUCUGUGCCUGAGGCGAUGGUGGUGGUGAGCAAGUAUGAUAAGGAUCCAUUCACGGUGAUUGAUGUUACGGAGUUGUAG